CAAUACUCGAACCCAGGACCCAGAACCUGUUCGGCGAAGUCGGCAUGAACAAAUGUCGAAAUUUCACGAAAAAAUGUCUUCACUUUUCGCGAUUUUUUAGCACUUUUUAAGUUCAAAUCGUACAACCAAGUGUCCUCAACUAAGAUGCAGUGAUCGUGGAAUGGCCUUGCAGUCGCCUUUAGUAUAUGGACGAAUUUUUGCGUCUCAAUUAAGACAAUUCGUACCUCGCUUAUUGCGACAAGAAGAGCAGGCAUGCAGAAAUACACGGCGAUAUACUCAGUUAGUUACUGCUUAUUGUGGCUUUAGCAAGGACUUGGCGCCUUCAAACAAACGAUUUGCUUUCGGAGAAGAUGCUUUUUUCGUGGCAGAAGAUCGGGCAAGAAACGUGUUAGGUAAUGUAUUAUAAAAAAACUGCUUUAGCUUGUCUGUGAAAGAAUGCUUUAAGAGUCGAUAAAGCUUAAAUUAGUAUAAAUAUUUUAUGUAAAGUUAUAUAAUUCCGCAUUUUUAGUAAGUGGAAAGAUUUGAUGUGUAUAUUUAGUGAUUUCUAUGGCAAUUUUUAGAAAACAAUGUACAGAUGUAAAAGUUAUUAUAGUUGAUUGUCUAACAGUAUGACAAAUGUAUCUAGAAGGGUCCUAUUAUUAGAAUUAUUUUAUUUGACAAGAUUUGCCACACACAAACAUGAAUACCACUAAACCAUUACACAAUAUCACAUGUAUUAGGCAGGGACUGACAAUAGAGAUAAUCGCCAAUAACAGGGUCCCGAGAUCCAAUAACAGAGUCCCAAUAUUAAUUACAAUAAUAUCUGUGUUUUUGUAAACAGAGUUUCAACAAGACAACAAAGGCAAAGACGUACUUGACAAUUUUUGAACGUCUGCACAUUAUCUUGUGCAUACUAGGUUUGUGGUCACUUUCAGUUGCUGAACGUGUUUCCACGUUAUAGAUUCAUUUCUCGCUGUUUAUGAAUGCUCACCCUUACCUUGACAAAACAACAAGAUAUGAAACUUUAUCCUGUUUUUGCUCUUCUGCCAAAAUGUUGUAAACAAAGGCAAAAGAACAAAAGUGGAUUAUGGAUUCAUGUCUCACUGUUUUGUCAGGGUAAGGACAAGUGUUAGCAUUAAAUCAUUAAACAGCGACACAUAACCUGUGUUUAUUGAACAACCACUGUUGAGCCCAAACUCAGUGUUCAAGAUACUGUGCAGACAGGCAAAAAUUGUCAAGUCAUCGUAAUUUGUUAACUACCCCAUGUUUAUGCAUGUUACUACCCAAUAGACCUUUCCCCUUUUGAGUGAAAUUUUGAUCUCAACAAGUCUAGACAAAAAUUUCAUCACAGCAUGAAAGAGCAUCACAAAAUUAGUAAUAUUCCGAAGUUUCGUUGCGAAAUGUUGUAAAAUGCGGAUAAUAUAGCCUUGCAAAGUUUGCCAUUUUUCAGUCAUUUUGUAUUACAAAUGGGAAAUUGAUAAUCAGUUUGAUUAUCUGAUUAUCAAUUUCCCAUUUGUAAUGCAAAAUGACUGAAAAAUGGCAAACUUUGUCCAGGCAUAUCUAGAUCAAAAUUUCACUCAUAAGGGGAAAGGUUUAUUAUAUUUUCAAAUCACUCGCACACCCAGUUUAAAUACCAUUUUUCCGAUAAUGUAAACAGAAUGGAACAAAUGUUACCAAGCAUCGGUACUACAUAUAUAUUCAUGAUGAAUUGUGUGACAACAGGCAUAUUAAACAUACAUUGGGUGAUUUUUUAUGUUGUGGAAAAUUAUAGGUGUAGCGGAUGGCGUUGGAGGCUGGAGGCAUUAUGGGAUUGAUCCUGCGGUAUUUUCAAGUGCGUUGAUGGAAAACUGCAAACGACUGAUUGAGCGGGGAUUGCUAGAGAACCCAACCCCUGUGAAUAUCAUGAAGGAAGGAUAUCAUAAUAUCUCCGAGAACAAGGAACCUUUGUUUGGUAGGCAUUCAUAAUUCAUUUUCCUUCUUCAAGUAUUUCCUGCAAAUGUUCUUCCUAGAGAUCCAGUAAGGGUCUUCCCCUUUAUUUUAUCCAAUGUUAUUACAGGAGGAAACCUAAACUAAGCUAACUUUAUUUAUAUUGGAUAUCUCUAUCAGUUCUAAACUGCUCUUCCUAGAGGUCCAGUAAGGAUCAACUCUUAUUGAUCCAGUGUUACUACAGGAGGAAACCUAAACUAAACUAACUUUGUAUUUAUACUGGAUUGCUCUAUCAGUUCUAAACUGUUCUCCCUAGAGGUCCAGUAAGAGUCAUCUCUUGUUGAUCCAGUGUAACUACAGGAGGAACCCUAAACUAAACUAACUUUCUUUAUACUGGAUAGCUCUAUCAAUUCUAAACUGUUUUCUCUAGGCAGCUCAACUGCGUGCAUUGUAGUUCUGGACAAAAAGAGCAGUACCCUACACUCGGCAAACUUGGGUGAUUCUGGAUUUCUUGUCAUAAGAAAACAAGAUGUUGUUCAUUCUUCAUUAGGACAGCAACAUUAUUUCAACACUCCGUAUCAACUCGCCAUACCACCACCUGACCAAGAGGGAAAUGUGAUACAAGACAAGUGAGACAUCUUAUUUUUUAACAUUUUUUCCACCAUCCGCUGUAUGAUAAUGCUUAAACCAUGUAACUUGCAAAGAUUAUUGCUUGGUGCAUAGUUAUUUGUAGUUUCCUUAUUUAUUUUAAUUUAUUGUAGCCUGGACUCGGCCGAGGAAACAUCAUUUGCUGUAGAGGAAGGCGAUGCGGUUGUUUUGGGAACAGAUGGACUUUUUGAUAAUUUAACAGAGAAACAAAUUAUUGAUGAAAUUUCAAAAUUAAAGG